UCAAUCUGCUGUUGGUUGUUGUUGCAGGUUCUUCGUCUUAAUUCUCUGUGUUUUCACUUUUCUUCAAUCCGCAAGUGGAGUCGUCGACCGGGCGGCGGCGAAGAGAGGGUGGCUAUGGCGGAUGAUACUUACGGCGGCGCUUCACUUCCUUCAGGUCCUGACGGCCGGAAACGUCGAGUGACCUACUUCUAUGAGCCCACAAUUGGUGAUUACUAUUACGGCCAAGGUCAUCCGAUGAAACCUCACCGUAUUCGCAUGGCCCAUAACCUCAUCGUUCACUACGGCCUCCACCGUCGGAUGGAGAUCAACCGGCCUUACCCUGCCGGUACGGAGGAUAUCCAGAGAUUCCACUCCGAUGACUAUGUCGAUUUCCUCGCCUCCGUGUCACCCGAAACGCUGUCAGAUCACUCCUUCUCUCGCUAUCUCAAGCGCUUUAAUGUUGGUGAGGACUGCCCUGUUUUUGAUGGCUUAUUCGGCUUCUGCCAGGCCUCUGCUGGCGGCUCCAUUGGUGCUGCCGUCAAGCUCAAUCGUGGCGAUGCUGAUAUUGCUAUCAAUUGGGCUGGUGGGCUUCAUCACGCUAAGAAGUCUGAGGCCUCCGGUUUCUGUUACGUUAAUGAUAUUGUAUUGGGCAUCCUUGAGCUGCUGAAGUAUCACAAGCGUGUACUAUACAUUGACAUUGACGUCCAUCAUGGUGAUGGCGUGGAGGAGGCAUUUUAUACUACUGACAGAGUAAUGACGGUCUCCUUUCAUAAAUUUGGGGAUUUCUUUCCUGGGACAGGGCACAUUAAGGAUGUUGGAGUAGGGUCUGGUAAAAACUAUGCCCUUAAUGUCCCCCUAAAUGAUGGAAUGGAUGAUGACAGUUUCCGUGGUCUGUUUAGGCCACUCAUUCAAAAAGUUAUGGAGGUGUAUCAGCCUGAUGCGGUUGUACUCCAAUGUGGAGCUGAUUCAUUAGCUGGUGAUAGGUUGGGGUGCUUCAACUUAUCUGUGAAGGGCCAUGCAGAUUGUCUUCGUUUCUUGAGAUCGUUUAACGUUCCUUUAAUGGUGUUAGGCGGAGGAGGAUAUACUAUCCGCAAUGUUGCUCGCUGUUGGUGUUACGAGACAGCAGUUGCUGUUGGAGUUGAACCAGACAACAAAUUGCCUUACAACGAGUAUUUCGAGUAUUUUGGACCUGAUUAUACUCUUCAUAUAGAACCAUCCAACAUGGAGAAUCUAAAUUCCCCUAAAGACAUGGAAAAGAUAAGGAACACCCUGCUGGAGCAACUCUCUAGACUCCCACAUGCCCCCAGUGUACCUUUCCAGAUGACUCCUUCCUCCGAAGUUCCAGAAGAGGUGGAAGAGAACAUGGAACGUAGACCCAAACGCCGCAUCUGGAAUGGUGAGGAUUAUGAUUCUGAUGCUGAAGAAAACAGAAAGCGACCAAAUAACAGUGAAGGGCCUGGUGUAAAUAAUCUGACGAGGGACGAAGUAGAUGGUAUGGAGGAAGAUAAGAACAUGGACCAUCAACCUCGUUGACAAAUACUAUGUGUAGAUUUCUCGACGACCUAGAAGUCUCACCAGUUUCGUAAGAGACACUUAGGAUCAAGUCAUAGUUCUUAAAGCCUGGGUUUUGUCUUUUGAUUAGGCAUUGGAACAUACCGAUAAUAUUAUUUUCUCGACAUGAAAUUUAGAAUUUGUACACAAGGAAUACGUAAACAGGAAUCAAGGGCAUUUACAUCGGAGACUUUUGUACAAAUAUUUUGGAGUUCAUAAAAACUUGGUGUUAUUCUCUGGUGUUUAUGAAAUAUACUGUUCAUAAUUAAAA